AUGCCAUCCGACGUAGCAGCUAGCACUGGCCUGCCCACGCCGUGGACCGUCAGGUACAGCAAGUCCAAGAAAAGAGAGUAUUUCUUCAACACGGAGACCAAGCACUCGCAAUGGGAGGAGCCCGAGGGCACCGACAAGGAACAGCUGCACGAGUACCUAAGGGACCACCCAGUGCGCGUCAGGUGUCUGCACAUCCUCGUAAAGCACAGGGACUCCAGAAGACCCGCGUCGCACAGGUCCGAGAACAUCACGAUAUCCAAGCAAGAGGCCACGGACGAGUUGAAGACCCUGAUCACGAGGCUGGAUGACGACUCCAAGACCAACUCCUUCGAGGCCCUGGCCAAGGAGAGAUCAGACUGCUCCUCAUACAAGAGAGGCGGCGACCUGGGCUGGUUUGGCAGGGGCGAAAUGCAGCCCAGCUUCGAAGACGCCGCCUUCCAACUCAAAGUCGGAGAUGUGAGCGAUAUCGUCGAGUCGGGCAGUGGCGUUCAUGUCAUCAAGCGCGUGGGCUAG